AAAGGCUAUUUGUUCAUUUAUGGUGGAAAAGAAAUUGGUUUUACUUUGGGGCAUGCUAUAGUCUUGAUCAGAAGGAUGAGAAGGAUGAAAAAGAAAUUCAGCUGAUUAAUUCGUGUUUGGGAGUGAAAAGAGAUUUUAAAUCCAAGACCUAUCAGAUCACUUAUUUGAAAAUCAACGCCAUUGAAAUCUACAAGAGAUUAGAUUACU